AUGUCGGACUUAUUGAGCGACGGGGCUGCCAGAACCAUUGAAAUUCUCCCACUACGAGGUAUUGCCGAAAUAGUUGCUCCAUCAUGCCAUGUCCAGAAAUCUUACGAUAGCUCCGGACAAGAUCAAACCGCACUUCAACACCUUGGAUGCGCCCAGAAUCGCCCAAUCCGCCCAAUCCCAGAAGCUCAGCUGCAGCUAUGGGCCGUCGAAAUGGCUUCCACUCCUCCCGUGCCCUCUAAAGCGGCGCUCAAUGCCCUGCGCGGCGUCCUCUUGACGACUUCAUGUUCCGUCGUCUUCCUCGCCGAAGAGCGUCGCCGCCGACUCAAGAUUGCUCGCGCCGCCAUUGAUAAUGCGCGCAAGCUGCAUAUCGUCAAAAGCAACCGGGGCGCCGUUGCGCUGAGCGAAAGCUGGGAGGAUAGACUGGCUGAUCUCGGGGAUGAGGUUUUAUCGCUGCCGUCUGCUUCACGCCCCAAGAAUCCCUAUCGAAGACGACGUCGGAGCAACUCUUCCAUUGCUCUGCCGAGCGGUGGAGGCGUCGAUGUCAACAGAAUCCCAUCCGAUCAUCGUGAAACUGCUAGUGGGAUUGCGGCUCCCGGCACGGAACAGAAUGCUGUCCAAGAGGGACAGAAAGCCAACUUCGGACUAGAUACGGCCAGGCUUCUUCUCCCAUUGGCUGAUAUCCGGCAGUUGGAUGUGUCGUUCAAAUCUUUAGCAGGUUCUGCAAUACCAGGUCUUCCGCUGCGUUCUAGGGAAGAGGACUCGCACAAAUUGGACAAGGAUGUGGAUGCGAGGGUGAAGGUGUCUCUGCAUAGAACUACCCUACGCUCUCUGGGCUCGAAGAUUGGCUCGGCAUCUUUUCAUGAGCUUCUCCGGCCAGAUUCUUCUGCUCCGGCCCGCCUAUCUUUGUCAAACAUGCCGGCUCAGGAGAGCACCACUCAAUCGCGCCAUAUUGGUAAAGUUGCAGAGCUCGAGCAAAUCCUACAGGACUUAGAGAUGGGCCAGUCAACACACGCUUCGACGUCUGAAAUGAUGGAUUUGGCCCUUGUCCAGCUACAAAGUUUAUCAGAAUCACGGCCUACAACCCCUACAUUAAGCAGUCUUGUCAAAUCAAACGGAUUGCGGCUGCUGAAAAUUACGAUUGAAUCCGAACCUACCAAAACAGAAACCGUUCUUACAGCCCUACUCCCAAAGUCCAAAGACCCUAUUCAGAUCUUGUCACCUCUAACAAAGUGGCUAUGGGAGAAGAAGGAUAAGAAAGGCUUAGAGCGACUUCUACAACUCCUCUCUGACCGCAAACAAGCACGGUUCUGGAUGCAUGGCAUGACGCUCUAUCGGGUGCUUUCUGGUCUCGACGAGGUCAUGGGGAGCUUCAAGGAUAUCAAACACUUGUAUCGACUUCUACAAAGUGCUGGACUGUACCAGGGAAUUGUUGUGCCUCCCAAUAUCGAAUACAAAAUACGUCGUCUUAUGGUAUCCAAGGCUCUGAAAGCAGGAGACGAUGCCUUCGCUCAGGAAGAGAUGAAGAGCCUUUACGAAACGAAUCCAGAUGCAGUCAAAAGCGAUAUAAAACUCCAAAGCAGGCUAAUUGUGCGGGAAGCUGCUCUUGGCCACUGGGAAUCAGUCCGCAAUGGCAUAGAGGCGCUUGAGAGUGCUGACGAUACCAAGCCAGACGACUUACGAUACAUGAUUAGCAAAAUCACAGAUGUGUUUGUGCAGACUUGCUCCUCGGAAGGGCUUGAGGCUCUACUUAGGAGAUUUGUGCGCAGCUACAGAAUACCCCUCAGGUCCAGAUGGGUCAACCUCGUCUUGGACCAGCAUGCAGGCCGACAUGAUCUUGAGUCGAUGUUUUCGUGGCUGCAGUUCUGUCAUGAUGCCGGAUUUCAGAUGGACGACACUUUUAUGCGGCGAUUCUAUUCCGGCUGCCGCAAAUACUGGAGCUUCUCCGACAAAACUAUAACUGAUCUACAUCAAAAUCUCCAGGGAUUGUCGCCGGCUAUCUCGAACUUUUCACCCAGCAAAGCUGAUGGAAAGGGCUCGAGUGACUUGUCACUUCCUUUGCUCGAGUCACGUCACUGGUUGUCUGAGGCUGACGCUUUCGAGUGCAUGGAAUGGCUCUCUGCUCAGGAUGAAUGGGAGCGCGUCUGUGAAGCGUAUAACCGACUACAAUCAAGCGAGUUGAAGCCAUCCGUCCGCUGCCUUCGUCUAGCAGUCAUAGGGCACAUCAAGAGGCAAGAUGGAAGCAUUGAUGAGGCAGCAUCGCUUAUUGACGAAGCUCGCGGGAAAGGCCUCGAUGUGACGGAGGCUCUGACGCCUCUUCUACUAGCAAGGCUUGAGAAGGGGGAUGACGCCGGCGAUUUGAUCAAGCAGGCUUUGCGUCGCGGCGCUCGCAUCCACGACAGUGUGUACAACAAAGCUGCGCAGAUCCUCUCGGCCAAUGGUGAUUUGCGAGGCGCUGCCACCAUGUGCGAGGUAGCUGCCAGAGAAAACGGUAACGGAGAGCUAUUGUACAGCGAGUACAACUUUUCCAACCUGGUCUUUGCAUACACCGGCUCCGCUAGCUACAAUGCCUUGAAGUCUAUCCUGUCCAACUUCACGUCGGAAGUCCAGUGGUGGCGUGGCAGCCGGGCCUGUAAAGAGAGCAUCAAGCUGGCCAUGAAGACAACGGCGAUGCGAGCUGUGGUACAUCCCAAAGAGAAGAAUGAUCACAAGGAUGCUCUCUUCAAGCUCGACGAAGCUCUCAUUCAUGUUAAGAAGUGCCGCUCAACCAAAGAUGAUCGAAGGGCGGUGACGGAAGCAUUCAUACGGGUGUUUAGACCUUUGGCAGCCGAACCGGAACAGGAUCCCGCAGAUGCACGGAAGCCAAACUUGGCUACGGCGGAGAUGUCACUGCCAGAGCUGUCGGAAACAAAGACUUUCCAGAGAUCGGUUCUGGUGGCUCGUCAAGGACUAGCAGUUGCCGGGGAAGCAUGA